GCGCCCCCUGUCAGAGGCAGCCAUUGUUCAGCCGGUCGCGCCCGCCUCACUGGGGCUGGGUUCUCCAUCCCCUCCCCGAGUCCUGUUUCCUACUUUAGGCUGGGAGAGGGGGCCGGUCCCGGGUUCUGGACCCCUGGGUCCCCGGGUGCAGGUCACCAUGAGUAAACGGAAGGCGCCGCAGGAGACUCUCAACGGGGGAAUCACCGACAUGCUCAUGGAACUCGCAAACUUUGAGAAGAACGUGAGCCAGGCUAUCCACAAGUACAAUGCAUACAGAAAAGCAGCAUCUGUUAUAGCAAAGUACCCACACAAAAUCAAGAGUGGAGCAGAAGCUAAGAAAUUGCCAGGAGUAGGAACAAAAAUUGCUGAAAAGAUUGAUGAGUUUUUAGCAACUGGAAAAUUGCGUAAACUGGAAAAGAUUCGGCAGGAUGAUACGAGUUCCUCCAUCAAUUUCCUGACUCGAGUUAGUGGCAUUGGUCCAUCUGCUGCAAGGAAGUUUGUGGAUGAAGGAAUUAAAACAUUAGAUGAUCUCAGGAAAAAUGAAGAUAAAUUGAACCAUCAUCAACGAAUUGGGCUGAAAUAUUUUGAGGACUUUGAAAAAAGAAUCCCUCGUGACGAGAUGUUACAGAUGCAAGAUAUUGUACUAAAUGAAGUUAAAAAAGUGGAUUUCGAAUAUAUUGCUACGGUCUGUGGCAGUUUCAGGAGAGGUGCAGAGUCCAGUGGUGACAUGGAUGUUCUUCUGACCCACCCGAACUUCACCUCAGAGUCAACCAAACAGCCAAAGUUGUUACAUCGAGUUGUGGAGCAGCUACAAAAGGUGCAUUUUAUUACAGAUACUCUGUCAAAAGGUGAAACAAAGUUCAUGGGUGUUUGCCAGCUUCCCAGUAAAAAUGAUGAAAAGGAAUAUCCACACAGAAGAAUUGAUAUCAGGUUGAUACCCAAAGACCAAUACUAUUGUGGUGUUCUGUACUUCACCGGCAGUGACAUUUUCAAUAAGAAUAUGAGGGCUCAUGCCCUAGAAAAGGGCUUCACCAUCAAUGAAUACACCAUCCGUCCCUUGGGAGUUACUGGAGUUGCUGGAGAACCCCUGCCAGUGGACAGUGAGAAAGAUAUCUUUGACUACAUCCAAUGGAAAUACCGAGAACCCAAGGAUCGAAGUGAAUGAAGCCUGUUCUUCCUUCCAGGCACAGCCCAGUAGGAGUCUUAAUUUAUUUCUUAAUCUUUGCUGUUAAAAUGUCUUUGGUGUUUUUAAAUGAUUGCUUCUUCUCCAUGCGUAGCUUGCACUAGAGUCAAUAAAACCUCUUGCACUAUUA